AUGAUUUGCAGAACGUGCAUGCGCCGCGGCGCCUCGGCCCUACCCCGUCUCCAGGCCCCUCGCGCCUCGUCCCUCCUCAUCAGACCCUUCUCCCUCUCCGCGCCCUCAAGAAACGCAGUAGAAGCGCCUGCUGCAGGAGCUGCUGCUCCUGCUACUCCUGCCGCCACCAACGCCAAGGACGCACCCCCGAAGCUCUCCUCGUCCACCGCCGACAUCCCCGAGGCCGCGGCGCCCAUCUCUUCCUGCCCGCCCGGUACCGUCCUCAACGGCCUCAACUACUUCAAGAACAAGACGGACCCCGUCGCUCUCCCCGAUGAGGCGUACCCCGACUGGCUGUGGACGGUCCUCGAGUCCAAGAGCGAGGCUGUAGAGUCUACGGAUGACCUCGCCGCCGAGAUGUUUUCCAAGUCCAAGAAGCAGCGCAAGGCCGCCGCCAAGAAGCAAAAGGCUCUCGAGGCCAAGGUUCUUGCCUCAGGCGACCUCGAGGCCCUCGCACCAAAGGUCCCGCUGCCCCAACAGUCCAUCAACUUGCCAGGAGAGAAGGGUGGCGACGUCGAGCACAACCUCGAGGCGGCGACCAAGAGAGACGAGCUGCGCAAGGCGAUGCGCAAGGACCGCAAGGCCAAGAUCAAGGAGUCCAACUACCUCAAGUCCAUGUAA